AUGCUCAGCAUUGCCAGCUGCCAAUCUGCUGAUCCGACAGAAUAUAUUAACAAGACGCUCUGUGACGUCUCUGACGCGCUGAGCUAUGUCACACUGGCCUCCAAGGCUGACCUCAACAAUGAGGCCAAAGCGAGGUCAACAGAUGACUCAGCCCUCGCCAGGCAGAUCAGUCAAGUGACCAUCCAGAUGGCAAAGCUCACGGCUGCGGUCGUAGCGCUGGAAGCCGAAGGGGCGACUGGGUCUCCAGGCAUCCCAGGCACUCCAGGAACUCCAGGGCUGGCCGGUGCUUCUGGACCAACCGGCACCACAGGGCUGAUGGGACUAAGCCUCACUGGACCAACUGGAUACACCGGUGCAACGGGAGACACUGGAAUGCAAGGCCCCAAAGGGGAGACUAGUCCGACAGGCGACACCGGCAUCACUGGCCCAACAGGGGACACCGGCGUCACUGGUCCAACCGGAGACACUGGAGCCACGGGAGACACCGGCCCAACAGGCGGCUGCCCCUUUGCCGGCCACGCGGCCGAGAGCCUCAACUUCACAGAGCCCCAGGGCACUACCGCCACAGCCCUGUCCCAGUACAUAUCCUCCACCGCGAAUUUCUUGCCGCAGAGCCUUGCACAGACCUUCCUCUCCCCUCCAACCGGCGCCAGCCUCGCGAGCAUUGCGUUCACAUUCCUCUCGGCGAAUUUCCUUGGAGAGGUCACCUUUGCCGGGUACGUCUACGAGUGGGACGUCGCCGCGGACGGGCCCGUUGGACAGGCCAUAUUCGCGAGUCCCCCGGCCGUCUCCACCGCGCCGCCACCACCGGACGGGGGGGCCUACAUUACCGUCUUCAAUUCGACGACGUGCGCCGCGCUCGCGGCAAACACCACAUACGCGGCGAUUCUGUCGACGGCCGGGUAUUUCACCGCCGAUCAGAGGCUGGAUCUGGUGUCCAUUGCUCAAGGGAUUGACCCAUACCCGAAUGGAAAUCUGUUUAUUGCGUCGGGUGGGGCAAUUAGCAAUGACACCCAGCACUUCACAAGCACCACCUGGGCGCCAUACUCAUCCAGCCGGGUAGAAGACAUUGCCUUUGCUGUCACGUACCUGUGA